CUGAAAGGAAUCGCCAGAGAAACACCUCCAGCUGCGCCGGUCUUAGGAAAAGGGAAACUAUGGCGCGUCUCUGGAUUUUCUGCUUUCUCUUCAGCUUGGCGAUGGUCGCGGUUUGCGAAGACCCCAGCACGACAACUGAGCCUGGUGCCGCCAACACAACGACCCCCGCUGCGAGCGCAGCCGCGAAGGAAUCGUCACACUGUGAUUGCGAGCCGCACGACGAAGCCCGGAGACAAAUGCGACAUUGCAGGCUGAAGUACAAGUCCCCCACAAAGACCCAAGCCAUCAAGCUGCGUAAAGCCGAGCGCCAGGCGUUCAUCAACUGCACGGCCGAGCACGCCCGGGACAUGCACGCCGUGGAAUACGUCGAGCGACUCUUCGACGACGUACCCUACCGCAAAGAGGUGUACGACUGCUACUACAAGGAACGCAAGGCUAUAAUGCUCGAGAAAGGCCUGUCACCCGAGCUGUCCAACCGGUCGUACAGGAAAUGUCUCGCCGACGCCAUGAAACUCAAGGGCAAGAAAAUAUGAGAAUGCAGGGACAAGGUGGUCAAGGCGGGGUUCGACAUUUAGCAUGACUUUCAUUCGGAUGGCUUUGUUGUUGAAGUUACGAGGUGACGUCAGAGGCUCGUAGGCUUCUUCACUUCUAGGCUCAAGAGAUCGAGGUCCCAUGCGUCGAAACAAAACAACGCCACGUUCACUUCGUCACCUGCACUCUGCACCACGAAUGGAACAAACUCGUAACCUGCACUCUUGUAAUACAACGUAAAAGAAUCUUAACAUGCACGUUUCAUAGUAUUAUAACUAGCGGCACCUCUCCUGAUGUCUGUCGAAAAUUUGGAGCAAAAGGCAAAACAAACUACACAAACUUCGGUGGGCAAGGUGGCUUCGCGGCGGCGCUUUACAGUCGUGCACAGAAGCUAGCUUUACGGGAGUACGAGGGGAGUUUAUACCUAUAGCAGUCAAACAGGUGGGCGCCCAGCUUCCACAUUUUCUCAGAACUUGGAAACCCAGAACACAACGCUGAGAGGA